CAGCAGCAACAGUUGCAGCAGCAGCAGCAGCAGUUGCUGCAGCAGCAGCAGCUGCAGCAGCAGCAGCAGGUGCUGCAGCAGCAGCAGCAGCUGCUGCAGCAGCAACGGCAGCCAGUGCGGCGGGGUGAGGACUUCCUUGCGCUGUGCAGCGACCGCGAAGAAGAAGCUCGAGCUGCGGCGCGCUACCCCCACAGCAUCACUUUGGCCCACGUGUACAGAUUUAUUGUUUUGCCAACAAUGUGCUUCCAAUUCCAGUAUCCCUUCACCCCCUGCGUUCGGUGGCUUUCGGUGCUGCGACACGCAGCAGAGUCUGCUGUCUGCCUCGCCAUGAUGAAGAUUGUAAUCGACCAGUACAUUUGGGUUGUUGUUCGCGACUCCUUUUCGAUAACGGAGCUGCAGUCGAUUCCUUUAUCUGUUCUUGUCUCUCAUUUCUUUAGACAGAUGGUGCGCUUGUCCAUCCCGAACCUGUACGUUUGGCUGCUGAUGUUCAUCGGCCUCUUCCACCACUGGUGUAAUAUCUUGGCAGAAAUAACGCGGUUUGGUGACAGAGAGUUUUACCUCGACUGGUGGAACGCGUCGUCGUUUGGAGAGUAUUGGCGCAAGUGGAAUCUUCCGAUUCAUUUCUUCCUCCACCGCCACGUCAAUAAACCCUUACUCAGAAACGGAGUUCCCAAGUUUUUUGCUGCUUGUGUCGUUUUUUUCAUUUCCGCUUUAAUGCACGAGUACCUCGUAGUGGUGCCGCUGCAGCUGGGCUGGACUGGCUUCAUUUUCUUCGCCUUCAUAGGGCAAAUUCCCCUCAUGUAUUUCACCAACAUCCAGUUUUUCCAAGAUAACCCGACAGUUGGAAAUUGUUUCUUUUGGCUCGUAUUUUGCUUCACCGGACAACCCCUGGGCAUUUUGCUUUACUGGUACCUGUGGGGCGUCAAGCAAGGAGCAGUCACUGAGCUGGACCCCAGCAGAAUUGCUUUGUCUUAA